AUGUCAAACUAUAAGGUGCCAGUCGGACUUCACAAUCUGGUGGGGAACACAAAUCUUGGAGGAUUCACAAGCACAGAACUGGUAAAUUCACAAGGGAGAGGCAAGGUGAGUGAUAGUAAUCGAUUGAGCAGAACAAAUGAUGCAUCUGAACCAUCCUUUUCAAUGCCUGAUCCGUUGAAAACAAUUAUCAACAAGUAUGAGAUAAGCAAACCGAUGGCAAAACGACUCAACGUUCUUCGAGAUUAUGAAAUAGUUAUCGUCUGUGAUGAUUCUGGCUCGAUGAAUACCAGGGAUGGAUCUACACAAUGUACGCGAUGGGAGACACUCAGAUAUAUCGCCCAGAUAGUUAUGGAGAUCGGAAUGGUAUUUGAUUCUAACGGUGUUGAUAUACAUUUUCUUAACGCAGCAACUUAUAAAAACGUUAAAGAUUCAACGGUUGUCGACAAAGCGUUUGCGAGAUCACCCAGUGGCUAUACACCAUUAACACCUGUUCUCACUAAGAUCUUUCAAUCGAACUUGGCAAAAGUUGGACGCGAUAAAAAGUUAUUGGUAUUCGUUUGUACCGAUGGUGUUCCGACAGAUGCAGACGGGAAUGAAAGCAUACCCGAACUUCAGCACGUCAUGGAGAAGGUGCGAAACGUUAGUACAACAUAUGUAUCGUUUUUAAUAUGUACGGAUGAAACGGAGACGGUCGAUUAUUUGGAUGAAUGGGACCGAGAAAUGGAGAAUAUUGAUGUUACAAGUAAUUAUGAAACAGAAAGACAAAAAGUUCGAAAAUAUCGUGGAAGCCGAUAUCGUUUUACAUUUGGCGAUUAUGUUGUCAAAGCAUUAGUUGGAGCAAUUGAUCCUGAAAUCGAUGCACUCAAUGAACCAAACUGA